AUACAGAGGAACCCUGUAUCAGAAGCCAUCUGCAACUAUGUUCUCCCUGUCCGUGAUGGUGGGGCUCGUCCCGAUAGUGUCUCUUUUCGGUUUGUUCUACUCUGCCGCGGUGGAUGAGAACUUCCCUCAGGGCUGCACCAGCAGCAGCAGUCUGUGUUUCUACAGCCUGCUGCUGCCGGUCACCAUCCCCGUCUACGUCUUCUUCCACCUCUGGAGCUGGAUGGGGAUCAAGCUCUUUAGACACAACUAGGCUGUUCUGACCCACCUGAAAACACUUCGGUUCAAUUAAAUCAUCUGUUUGUAUUUCUUCCAUUUUUGUGUUUGUGGGUUCAUAAAAUGUACAUUACAAGCUCAGCUACAAUGGAGUUUAAUAGCAGAAAAUGUUGCUUUCUCCACAAACACACAGAAGAAGUCAGUUCUGGGAGUAACCAUAGUUGGAGUUUUGCUUUAAUGCUAAUACUGUUUUUUUAAGGUGUAAUAACUGCUCUGUGUAAUAACUGGCAACAAAUAUAAAUAAAGGUUUAUUUUCUUUGGAA